AUGCCUUGGAUAACAACUGUCCUUUAUCCCGGAAUACCUGGCCGCGACUGGGACGCCACAACAAUCAUAACGUACAUCUCAAGUCCCACAGACAUCUACACUCGGCUGAGCCAAUCUACCCUCUCUACUACCAGAUCCCGCCGAGCUCGAUCCUCUACGGCGACGGCUGUAACUGCGACUGCAAGUUCAACAACGAUGCUCGCAUCGACUUCGACACUUAAACCUCCGGUUCAGACAACACGUCCAUUCAUAACCAGCCCAGUAGACGGCUCUUCCAAGAACACAGCACGCGCAAUCGCGAUCCCGAUAGCCGUUGUCGCGGCAGUUCUCAUUAUUAUAGCGGUUCUUUAUGUCUUGGCGAGGAAAGGAUAUUUGGGAAAGAGUUUACAAAAGAAUCCCUACAUCGCGAAGUUCAAGCGAGAAUCAAGGGCAGCGGCGAAGGCCAAAGAGGAGGCGAAGAUGAAGCAUAAUAGUCUACCGGAGCUAACGUCGGUGAAGAUGGAGGGGGCUAUGCCGGAAAGCAAGUCCGCAUACGAUGAGAAUACGACGGCGCGAGUGUCGGGAGCACCCGCGCCUGGGAGGGUGGGAGAUCCGGAUAUCAUCCAGCGCGUGUGA